CCUUCUAAAUUCUCACCAAACAUUUGAAUUUGUCAAAACAACCUUAAAAGCUUGUUCCUUUUUCUUCUUCAGAAAAGAAAAAGGAAAACUAAAAUGGGUUAUUACAGAAGAAGCAGCAUCUUAGAUUCCUUCAGUCUUAGUCCACUUCCCUAUCCAGUUCUCUUGAUCUUAGCCGUCAUACUAAUCUUUCUCGGCAUAUCGUCCUACUUCAGCUACGAGGAGGCUCUUGAAGAGGUUGAAGGACAGCUGAGCUGGGUGCUUUUUGCGACGCCGGUUGUGUUGAUUCUGCUCGUUCGUUGGCUCUCAUCCAAGGAAAACUCAGACAUGUUCUUCGCCUCUUCGUCGCCGUGGGACAAGCACCGCCGGACCUACUACGGUCAGUCGGAGGGAAGUUUUCCGUGGGGUGUGGCCGCCAUGAUUGUGUUGCUCCUUGUUCUUGUGCAGUUCCAGUCUAGCUUUCUUGAUAGCUGGUUCUGAAAUAUAAAGAUAAAACAAUAAGUAAUUAAAUUAAUUUAUAUAUAACUGGUUUGUAAAUAAUAGAGUUAAUUGAGUCCAUCAAAGGUUGUUUGUUUGUUUUAUAAUAUAUGAAGCAAGUUAUGCCUUUUCUUCCUGUA